CCUUCCUCUCCCUCCUCCUCGUCUCCCACUCGUCUCGCCUUCGCCUCGGGGAGCGCACGAGAGCCCGCGCCGCGGCACCAUCUCCGUUCACCGCUCCGACUCCGAGAUGGCGGCCUCCGCAUUGGCCUCCCGCGCGCUGCAGCCUCCGCGCCGCCACCACCCUGCAGCCCCUCCGCCGCGUGCGCGUCCGGCAAUCGGCGCCGCCGCUCCAAGGCAGCGCCGGCCCGCCCCGUCCUCGCGCUGCCGGGCUGUGGCGGCCGAUGAGUGCUCUGCCGACCCCUCCUACCCCGAGGGCCAGAACCGCACGCUCUCCGGGGCGGUGGAGAGACCGGAGGCGGACGUCGUCGUGAUCGGCAGCGGGCUCGGCGGGCUGUGCUGUGCGGGGCUCCUGGCGAGGUACGGCCAGGAUGUGCUGGUGCUCGAGAGCCAUGAUCGCCCGGGAGGCGCCGCGCACUCUUUCGAUAUUAAGGGAUUCAGCUUCGACUCGGGGCCGUCCUUGUUCUCCGGGUUCCAGUCCAGAGGUCCCCAGGCAAAUCCACUCGCUCAGGUCCUUGAUGCGCUAGGCGAAUCGGUACCUUGUGCGUCGUAUGACUCUUGGAUGGUUUAUGUACCUGAAGGCCAGUUCCUCUCGCGGAUCGGGCCAACUGAUUUCCUCAAGGACCUUGAGACAUUUGUUGGCGACGAUGCUGUCCGGGAGUGGAAAAAGCUUCUUGAUGCAGUUAUUCCUCUGUCUGCAGCUGCAAUGGCUUUGCCUCCACUUUCCAUUCGAGGUGAUCUGGGCGUUCUCUCCACAGCUGCCGGUAGAUACGCUCCUUCUCUGUUGAAAUCAUUCAUACAAAUGGGACCCCAAGGAGCUCUGGGCGCUACAAAACUUCUACGGCCAUUCUCAGAGAUUGUUAAUUCGCUGGAGCUGAAAAAUCCCUUUGUUCGUAACUGGAUCGAUCUCCUGUGCUUUCUACUUGCUGGAGUCAAAUCUGAUAGCACUCUGUCUGCAGAAAUGGUAAUCUAUGUUCCAACAGAAUGGUAUAAACCAGGAUGCUUGCUUGAGUACCCUCUGGGUGGAAGUGGAGCAAUAAUAGAAGCCCUUGUGCGCGGUAUUGAAAAAUUUGGUGGCAGACUUGCUCUUAGUUCUCAUGUCAAAAAGAUCUUAAUUGAGAAUGGCCGAGCGGUUGGUGUCAAGCUACAAAGUGGACAAGUUGUACGUGCAAAGAAAGCGGUUGUUAGCAAUGCAUCUAUGUGGGAUACUUUGGAUCUGCUACCACCAGAUGUUGUCCCAAAAACAUACGAAGACAAAGUGAAGGCAACUCCACAAUGUGAUUCGUUCAUGCAUCUCCACCUAGGUUUUGAUGCAGAGAAUGCUAGAGAGGACCUUGGAAUCCAUCACAUUGUGGUUAAUGAUUGGAACAAAGGAGUUGAUGGUGAACAGAAUGUUGUGUUAAUAUCAGUUCCUAGUGUUCUUGGUAAGGGCCUGGCACCACCUGGAAAGCACAUCCUUCAUGCAUAUACGCCAGGAACAGAACCUUUCAGUUUGUGGGAGGGGCUGGAUCGGAAAAGCGCAGAAUACCGAAGGCUGAAGGAAGAACGUUCCGAGGUGAUGUGGAAAGCUGUGGAGCUUGCUCUUGGUCCACGAUUUAGCAGAGAAAAAUGCGAUGUGAAGUUGAUCGGGACACCAUUAACGCAUAAGAGAUUUCUCCGAAGGAAUAGGGGAACCUAUGGUCCAGCCAUAAAAGCCGGAGAAGCCACUUUCCCUGGGCAAGCAACACCAGUCCCCCAGCUGUUCUGCUGCGGUGACUCGACUUUUCCAGGAAUCGGAGUACCGGCAGUCGCAGCGAGCGGUGCAAUCGUCGCGAACACAUUAGUCUCAGUGUCGCAACAUUCAGAGCUUCUUGACGCCGUUGGAAUUUGAGUGGCAGAGAUGUCCUGGCAAGCAGAUCAGUAGAUAUGCGUACAUACAUAAAAAGGAAACCAAAAUUUCUGUAUGGCUAUUGAGGCCAUGAAAAGAGCAUAUGGAUGAACCAUGAACGGGAGGUUUACAACAUCAGCUCAUUACCUAUGUAACCUAGGUGUUGUUUACAAAAGAACCACGGUGCAAUGCUGAAAUGCUUAAUAGCCAGAAAUAAGAACAGGAAAACUGUUGCAUUAUGUUGUACAGUACUGAUUCGGAUAUACAUGAAGUUUGUAUUA